AUGCCUGAUAUUGUUUUUGACAUCGUUGGUACCUGUAUUAGCUACGAAAAUUGCAUCGAUGCAAUUAAGAAAGUUCUUGGCGAAAGAUUUGCCAAGAGUAACAUUGACCCUAAAUUAUUCUUCUUUUUCUGGUUAGCUGGCUGUGAAAGAGAUUUUUCGUACUUAUCUCAAUCUGGAACGUAUAAAACCUUUCAGGAUGUGUUUAAAUACACCUUUUACAGAUCUCUUUACUUUGCUGGCGUCGAAAAGCCCAGAGAAUACGCUUCUGACGAGGAUUUGGAGGAAAUUUAUAAAGGAUGGUGGAGCCUUGAAGGUAGACCAGAGCUAAAAGAGAUGUUCCAAAAGCUUAGAGAUUAUGGCUUUACUAUUUGGUGUUUGACAGAUGCCUCAAAGGAACGUGUCGCCGGCUACUUUAAGAAUUCUGGUGUCGAAAUGCCUUCUGAAAACCUAAUUUCGUGUGAUUCAAUCGGUGCCGGUAAACCAGAAGGCGUAGUAUACAAGUACAUUGCUGAUAAAAUUCCUGGUAAAGGUAAAGAUGCUUUUUUCGCUGCUGCUCAUAUGUGGGAUUCGGCAGCAGCUAGGCAAGGUGGUUUUGUUACCGCCUGGUCUAACGUACAUGAGCUCGAACCUUGUUGUGAAAUAUUUGGCAGCGCUGACGUGAUGGCAACUGGUCUUGUCGAUUUGGCAGAUAAAGUCAUAGCCAAGCACAAAGAGCUGACUGCUGGCGAGGCCAAUUAG